CACACGCUCAACUCGACUCGAGAUCACUCACUCACUCUAGUCUCUAGCUAAGCUUCCCUUCCCUCAGUUAGCUUCGGCGUCGAUCGAUCGAGAUGGCGGAGCUGCGGAGGGGGCCGUGGACGGCGGAGGAGGACGCGCUCCUCGCGAGCUACGUCGCCGCGCACGGCGAGGGCCGGUGGAACGAGCUGGCGCGCGCCGCGGCGCUGAGGCGAACGGGCAAGAGCUGCCGCCUCCGGUGGCUCAACUACCUCCGCCCGGGCGUGCGCCGCGGAGACUUCACCGCGCGGGAACAGCUGCUCAUCCUCGAGCUCCACUUCCGCUGGGGCAACCGGUGGUCCAAGAUCGCGGGCUACCUGCCGGGGCGGACGGACAACGAGGUCAAGAACUACUGGCGGACCAGGGUGCAGAAGCACGCCAAGCAGCUCGGCUGCGACGUCGGCAGCAGCCGGUUCCACGACGUCAUGAGGCACCUCUGGAUGCCGCGACUCCUCGAGAGGAUCCACGCCGAGUCCGCCACCGCCGCUGCCGCCUUCACUCACUCAGCGAGCCCACCACUCGACGCGCCGUCCCUACCGUGCGCGUCGCCCGAGGUGUCGUGUGUGACGGGGUCGUCAUCGUCGGAGGCGUCGCCUGCCGAGAAGUUCAUGUCGAACGACAGUCCGAUCGUGGCCAGCGCCGGGGCUGAUUGGUCUACGGAGCAAUGCCAAUACGGCAGCGUGAGCGCGACGAGCGGUGAUAUGUUCGAGGGGAGCUGGUCGGAGCUUCUUGCUCGCGCCUGCCACGACGACGUGGACUCCGCCGAGUUGCCGGACUUCGGAUUGGGCGAAACUGUAGACAAUUUGUGGAGUUUGGAUGAUAUCUGGCAACAACAGCUAUACUGAUAGAUAUACUAUACUACGUAUACUGCUACUAAUGACCGAGUUUUUUGUAGUGCUAUGUGAUUGACAAUUGAUUAAUCAGAUCAGCAGAGUUAACAAUAAAACAUGAUGAUUUGAUCGAAUGAUGUGCUCUGAACAGUGCCUUUUUGUUUUUUACGGAAAACAUUUGACAUAGAUUCUCCCUCUAAUGUCAAGAUAGCAAAGAAAUUUACAUGAAACUAUGCAACGAAUAUUAAUUUUAAUCAUUUUUUUGCAA